AUGAAGGUCUCGACUCUCGCCUCGGGCUUCGUCUCGGCCGCCAGCCUCGCCGCCGCGCAGCUGCAGCUCGCCGCCAACGGCACCAUCUCCAAGGGGCCCUUCCCGGCGGACCUCAACGGCUCCAACUUCACCUACCCGUGGCCCGUCAACGUCUUCAACUUUGAGAGCCAGCAGCAGCAGCUGCAGAUGGCCUUUAUGGACGUCAAGCCCACCUGCGCGCCCAACGGCCAGACCGCCGUCGUGCUGCACGGCAAGAACUUCUGCGGCCCGACGUGGAACGACACCAUCGUGGCCCUCGCCGGCGCCGGGUACCGCGUCAUUGCGCCCGACCAGGUGGGCUGGUGCAAGAGCUCCAAGCCGGAGAACUACCAGUUCAGCCUCAACCAGCUGGCCUUUAACACGCGCGGCCUGCUCAACACGCUGGGCGUCGGCAACAUCACGCUCAUCGGCCACUCGGUCGGCGGCAUGCUCAGCACGCGCUUUGCGCUGCAGUACCCGCAGACGAUCGACCGGCUGGUGCUGGUCGACCCCGUCGGCCUGGAGGACUAUGUCGAAAAGGGCGUGCCGUACGUGUCGAUUGACUACGACAUCGCCGCCGAGGCCGCGCAGACGUUCGACGCCAUCAAGGCCUACGAGCAGGCCAUCUACUACGUCGGCCAGUGGCAGGACUCGUACACGGUCUGGGUCACGAUGCUGACCAACAUCUACUUCGGCUCGCGGCGCACGCAGUUUCUCAAGAACCAGGGCCAGAUUGUCGACAUGGUGCUGACCUCGCCCGUGGCCCACUACUUUGGCGACAUUGUGUCCAAGACGUUGUUGAUUGUCGGCGACGAGGACAAGGUCGCCAUUGGCUCCAACUGGGCGUCUCCCGAGGUCGCCGCCACGCUGGGACACUUUAACGUGCUGGGGCCGCAGGUCUGCGGCGAGAUUCCCGACUGCACGCUGUACCAGUUCCCGACGCUGGGCCACGCGCCGCAGAUUUCGGCCCCGUCCAACUUUACAAAGGUUGUGCUUGACUGGCUGAAGGAGUAA